GAAAAAAGAGAAAAAAGUGGAAAUUGAUUGUUUCUGUCUUGCAGCUAGUUCAGUCCAUCACAGGAUCUUCUGUCUCUCAAAAUGUGGUCAUCGCUAUGUCAGGAAUAUCAAAGGUGUUUGCUGGCGAGAUUGUUGAGGAAGCUCUUGACGUGUGUGAGAAGUGGGGAGAUAUGCCACCUCUGCAGCCCAAACACAUGAGAGAAGCUGUCAGGAGACUGAAGAGCCGAGAGCAAACUCCCAACACCAAACACAAACACAUCCUCUUCCACUGAGUCCCUCCCAAUAAUUAUUAUUAUUUUUAUUAUUACAUUUCUGGUGUGUUUGGAAUGGACUGUUGUCGUCUUCGGU